UUUUAUUUUCAUAAUUUUUAGUACUUAAUUGUCUCUCUCUAAAACUAAAAAAAGCAACAGCAAACACAGUUGUUAAUCAGAGGAUUAUCAGUAUUCUAGUCCUUCCUUAAAGGAAUUUACAGCCUUUCUCGUGAUCUUCUCUCUUUCUAUUCUCUAUUUAUCCCAUUCUUCUGCACUUUUUUUUUUGUUUUUUUCCACCUUUUAAAUUAUUUAAAAACCUCUUCAUUUUCUCUUUUCAUGGUGUAAAAAAAGUACCCAGAUUGCUAAAACUUGUUUUGAGAGGCAAAGUUUGAGUCUUUAGAGGAACCCAGUUGGAAAUUCUGUAGGGUUUUUGAGAAUUAUGGGUAGCUGUGGAAGAGGUGGGACUGUGAGACAAUAUAUAAGAUCAAAAGUUCCUCGUUUGAGAUGGACUCCUGAGCUUCACCAUUGCUUUGUUUAUGCUAUUCAGAGACUCGGUGGUCAAGAUAAAGCUACUCCUAAACUUGUUCUUCAGUUAAUGGAUGUCAAAGGUCUCACCAUUUCUCAUGUCAAGAGCCAUCUUCAGAUGUACAGAAGCAUGAGGGGUGAUCUGAGUAAACAAGAUAAUAAGAGGUGUAGCCAUGAAAGAAGACAAUCUUUUGAUGAGCUUGAUGUUUGUAUGGAUGAAGUAAAACAAAUGGAAGAAUCUGAUUCUCAUUUGAUUUACAGUACUUUUCCCUCUAAAAGGGCAAGAAUGGAGAGCAGGAGUGCAAUCUCUGAUAAAAACCUGCAAUGCAGCCAAGGAAUAAUAUGUGAAGAAACAGUCACAAAUCCGUACUUUUUUGAUGAUCAUACAGGAAUAAAAGAAGAUCAUGGUGGUGGUUUCAGAUGGGAACAGGCUCAUUUUAAACCCCAAUCAACGGUCUUCUCUCUGCCACAUGAGCCAUCCAAAUCCACCAACUCAUGCAAAUAUGCAGUUCAAGAAUCUGAUUUUCUUGAGAUUUCCAAGGUAGAGGAGAAAAUUAGCAAACCACAUUCUUCAAAAAUGUGCAAACACGAAGCUACUAGAAGCGGAAGAGCGGAAGAAGAAGAAGAAGCGAAUGGUUGCGAGUUAUCGUUGUCUCUCUCGUUACCCCAUCCGUCGUCACAAAGAAGUAAUGCAUCUUCGACGAGUGAGAUCAGCGAGGCGUUCUCGUAUUCGAGGUCUAUAUUCAAAGACUGCUCCGGUUCUUCGUCAAAGAAACGUAAAAUUAACUUAGAUUUAUCUAUUGCUCUUUGCGGAAUCUAAAAAAGUCAUUGUAAAGAAAAUUCAUUUGUUAUCUUCAAGUUAUUCUCUCUUUUUGUGCUGUAAGAAUAUUUCUUAGUUCAUUUUUCCUAUCUUAAUUUAAUUCCCUUUAAUUGA